AUGGUCUCCCUCCGUUCUCUCGUCGGUCCGUCGACCGCCCUCCUCCGCCAAUUUCUUCCCCGACACAGCAACCUCCGAGCCCUCGCCCGGCCGUUCUCGCAAUUAUCGCAACUCACAAUUAACAACGGUUUACGGCUGCUGCGCUCAGGAAAUGGAUCUACAAAAUCGACUGAAGUUGGUGUCGGUGCUGUUUCUGCUGUGAAGCAGCUCGAGCAGGUCCGCGGGAUGAAGACGCGAUCGUCUGUUAAGCGACUAUGUGAGGGGUGCAAGCCUGUGCGGAGAAAGAACCGGGUUUACAUCAUUUGCUCAAAGAACCCGAAACACAAGCAACGUCAAGGGAAAUAG